CGCCGGCGCCAGUAGAGCGCGCGGGCCCACGCCGCGCUGUCGCACCGCCGCACUCCGUCCGCGCCGCCCGUUCUCCGCGACCACUAACUUUUGCCGCUCGCCGCUGCGGCCGACUCACUGAUACCGGAGCUCAAUAUAUUUUUAUUCUGUUCUAAAACUAAUAAUUAAAUAAUUGAGUUAUUUAAACAGUCGAAUAGUGUUAUUGUCGAAUGGUGGUGGAGUGCGCUGUGCGCGUAACGCGUAUUUUUAUUUUGAAAACGCUCAUAACGAUGUGCCAGUGAAUUGAUGAUUAAUUAAUUAUUUAAUGAAGAGGAUUCGUAUUGUCAUUGAGUGUUUCGAUUGCCGAAUACACCUCCCGCCGUCCGCACGUCUCGCCCCGCCCGCCCGCCCAUGCCUGCGCGGCGAGGGAACACAACCUGAAAUGCGCGGCGGCUAGCAUGCGGCGCGCGCGCCAUGAACGCGUCGCUGGAGUGCGACACGGACGCGGGCGUGUCGGAGUCCGACAAGCUGUUCCGCUUCGUGGUGCACGGCGUGCUGCUGAACGGCAUCGGCGCGGCGGGGCUGCUGGGCAACGCGCUGGCGGUGCUGGUGCUGUCGCGGCCGCAGAUGCGCUCGUCCAUCAACUGCCUGCUGGUGGGGCUGGCGGCGUGCGACACGGCGCUCAUCCUCACGUCCGUGCUGCUGUUCGGGCUGUCGGCCGUGUACCCGUACGGCGGCGCGUUGCGCUACUACUACUACCACGUGUGCCCGCGCCUCACGCCACUGGCCUACCCGCUGGCCAACGUGGCGCAGACCAUGUCGGUGUACCUCACGCUGGUGGUGACGCUGGAGCGCUGGGUGGCCGUGUGCCGGCCGUUCCGCGCCAAGGCGCUGUGCACGUCGGCGCGCGCGCGCUGGUACGUGCUGGCCACGGCCGCCUUCGCCUUCGCCUACAACGCGCCCAAGUUCUUCGAGGCCGAGGUGGUGGCCGUGGGCGACCCCGCGGGCGAGCACGUGUACUGCGUGCGCGCCGCCGCCGCCUUCCGCACGGAGCGCUACGUGGCCGUGUACAUCCACUGGAUGUACCUCGUGGUCAUGUACGCGCUGCCCUUCUCCGCGCUGGCGGCGCUCAACGCGGCCAUCGUGCGCCAGGUGCGGCGCGCGCAGGCCGAGCGCGCGCGCCUGUCGCGCGUGCAGCGCCGCGAGCUGGGCCUGGCCACCAUGCUGCUGGUGGUGGUGCUGGUGUUCUUCCUGUGCAACCUGCUGCCGCUCGUCACCAACGCCUUCGAGGUGUUCCUCGGCGACCAGUUCGACAACCUCGACCCGCUGGUGAAGACGAGCAACCUGCUCGUCACCAUCAACAGCAGCGUCAACUUCGUCAUCUACGUCAUCUUCGGCGAGAAGUUCAAGCGCGUGUUCCUCAAGAUGUUCUGCGCGGGGCGAGCGCGCGCGCGCGCCGGCCGCGAGUCGCCCGAGCACACGCGCGACGACUCGUUCGCGUCGUGCGGCGAGCGCGUGUCGCUGCGGCUGGCGCGCAACGGCACGCUGCGGCGCUCGGACGCGCGCGGCGCGCGAGUGGCGCGGCCGCGGCGCGCGUCGCCCGCGCCCACCGUGUACUACCCCGCGCCCGCGCCCUCCACCGACGUGUCGCUGGCGUCGUCGGACGCCGCGCCGCCCGCGCCGCCGCCCGCGCGCAACGGCAACUCGCGCCUGCACUUCUGACGACGCGACUCGUAGGCCGCGCCACGAGCGCGCUGGUGAACUGACCGUCUCGGCUAACUAAAUAAAGACAUUAACCUUUCCUCGGGCGACGUAAACGCGUACCUCAUGUAAAUGUUUUAGCGAUAGUUACGUUAAAUUUAAGCUUACGGAUCCACACAUUUUUCCAAUUAGUAAAUUAAGAUAUUUUCUCUCGCUUAGGUAUUCCUAACGAUCGGGGUCGGCUCACGUCUUCUCCUCUGUUGUACAUAGAAUAUUAUUGUGUAAAUAGUACCUAGGCUAGGUAAAUACUACGGUCGCUCUCCCGGCCGCGCGUCGCUCGUCGCUCGUGGACGUUCCGCCGACUGUUCGGCGCGACGCGCGCCGUGCUCGUAGCUCUCUAGUUUAGUUAAAUAAAACCGUUUAAAUGUGUCCCAUCGCUCGCAAA